AUGGCGGUGUCAUCAAGUGAGCCGCAGGGCGGCGUCAUGACCCAGAUCGCCCGAUCGGUGGGCUUCUCGAAGAGCUACAACUUCUGGCUAUGGGCUGUAUUCGGCGGCGUUCUGCUCGGAUUUUCCGUAUCUCGGUUACCGUACCUUGACUUCUACGGCGUCUUUUGCAGUGGUCCGGGAAUGGCCAAGGGUAACAUGGGAGCCGCCACACCUGGCGAGUGCUUCUAUUACUUGAACCUCACCCUCGGUGGCCUCGCCAUCAGAACACACUUGUGGUGUGUACUGCCCGCGGCUCUGCUCGCCUUCGGACAGUUUGUCCCCAUAUUCCGACGCAAGGCUCUAUGGCUCCACCGAAUCAACGGUUGGAUCUCGACCGUUCUAUCUCUCGUCGGUGCCUUUUCCGCCUUACCGAUGUUGAAGCACACGAUGGGUGGCAGUACCGAAACCCAGUCGAUGAACCUCCUGCUGCUUAUCAUCUUCGUCACUGCGGUCUACAAGGGAAUUGUUGCCGCUAAGAACCACAAGAUUCAAGAGCACCGCGACUACAUGCUACGCGCUUGGGUUUAUGGUGGAUCUGUCAUUACCCUCCGACUUAUCAUGUUGGCCACUUCCAUCAUGAUGUCGUACAGUGGUAACUGGUAUGUCGCUAUACCAUGCGACAAGAUCGAGUACUUGAUGGACGCUCAAAAUGCCACCAUGGCUGAGUACCAAGCCAAGUACCCUGACUGCGCACCUCAGUGGUCUGGAGAGGACCCGAACCGCCACAUUGCUGUUCGUGUAUACGUCCUCGACGACGACCCAGUGGGUGUUGCUGCCGCCCACUCCCACUGCUUCGGCAUGUCGGGUUAUGUAGCCAUCAUUCUGCACUUCGUGGCAGCUGAAGCCUACAUCUACUGGACUUCGCCCGAGCGCAAAGUCUCGAAAGCCAUCCGAGCUACCGAGACUAACCACGCUGCUAAGAAGGUGGAAUAA